UCUCGCAGUGAAAUUUUUACAGAGAAUCAAAAGUGAAAGUCACUGACUUGGAGGGGUAAACGAAACAAUUCCCUUUGGAAGAGCAUUACACUGGAAACAAGCAGGUAGAGAAACAGCUGAGCUGAUUGCACUGAAAGCUUGCAUCUUUUGUCAUCAAAAGCAAACCAUGGAGAUCACCAUCACACUGCUGACUGGGACCUCCCAAACUCUGACGGUACGUCCCGAAGACACCGUGGGAACGCUUAAAAACCUCAUCGAAGCCAAGAUGGGGAUCCCCGCUCAUACGCAGAAGCUGCUGAUGGGGGGCAGCCAAAGAACGGCUCUCGAAAACGACCACUCCACCGUCGACUCCUACGGCCUGCGGGCCGGAUCGACGGUUUGCCUGCUGGUUAAAGAGUCCGAGAUCAUCCAGGUGUUCUUAAGAAACGAAAGGGGCCAACUGAGCACCUACGAGAUCGAUGAAAGCGAGGGGGUGAGCGACUUCAAGCUCAAGGUGGAGAAGAGAGAGGGCGUUCCGGUGAGCCAGCAGAGGCUCAUUCAUCAAGGCCGUGAACUGGCGAGCGGGAAACUGUCCGACUACAACGUCAAAGCUUUGAGCACCAUCGACAUGACCUUCCGCCUGAGAGGAGGCUGAUCAAUUGAUCCAUAUGCAGUUAAAUUUGCAUGUGCAUGUUAAAAAGUGCAUAAAAAUACUUCUACUAUUAACAUUUUUGACAACUUUAUUACAAUUCAAGUAGUUAAUGCAUUGCAGAUUUGGUACAUAACAAACCAGGACAAGGAAUCAAUAAAAGGGCACUAAAAUAGUUUUAUCCAUAAAAUAUUUGGAAUAUGCGAACACGCAAUUCAUUUAACCUUUAGAUGUUAAAUCGUUUAGUACAUUUCUUUUUCGCAAAACUUACUAUCCUCGAACAAGGAGCUGAAUGACCAAAUUCCAAACAUUUUUGAUGCUGAGAUUUCAUCCGAUAUCCACAACUUUUUUUGGUGUACUCUACCAUAUUAGAGCGUAUUUAGUAAGAAAGCUAUUCCGUUGUUAAACUGCACAUAUUCUGGUGUUCUAUUGCAAACCAUUCAAGUAUUCAAAAUUAAAUCACAGUGUUUAAGUCAAUGCUGAGAGUGAGUCGUUGUCCUCGUCAGUAAAAAUCUGGCAGUUUUUUGCUACAGAUGAUCUUCCUCAGUUGAAAUCUUCGGCUAUUUUCUGACAGUUGCGAGGUAAGCGUACCAAAAUAAGGCGAUCAUGUUGGCAAAUAGCACUCGGAACUGAAAGGGAAAACAAAAAGAUAAGACAAAGUGAUAAAAGAGUCACUGGAGGCAAAAAGCUGGUACAGUACCUGGACAGGCACAAAGUUGACGUUUAUGAACUGAAAAGGUGUCCAAACUUUCCAGUUCAUCUUCAGAGCAGUCCAGUAACUUGCUUUAAUCUUCUUUAUGAAGUGAUCCAAUCCUUUUGCCUGGAAACAGGUUCAAAGACUAUUAAGAUCUAUAGAGUGAAAUUAGAAGAUUGUAUUAUAUACAUAUGGCAGAAAACACUCAGGUGACUUGAAGUUACGCUCUGAGACCCCCAAUUUGGCCAAAUUUCAAAAUUGUCCAAUAUGCAUGUGUGAUACAUCAUUGGAAAGCUUAUAAUCUCCAUUUUCUGGGGGAAGAAACAUUUUUAACGGGAAGGCAUUUUGGAAAAUAAAUGUUUUUUAAACAGCAAACCCUGCGAGGCGAGAGCAGAAUUACAGACGCCAUGACUUUAACGAGAUAUUAUCGCAUACUUACCUUGUUUCGAUCCAAAAACUCAAUGUAGCAUGUAUCACUGAGUGUCAAGACACAGUUGUGAAUGCCCACAGCUGGAUUUUUGGGGGAUUUUAUGGGUGAAACAUGGUAAUAUAACAAGGGUCGCGAUGCAGAAAUCGCAGACAUCAAGGAGUGGUCGAGAUGUUCUAUUUCAUAUAUUUACCUUUUUAGAAGUUUUUUUUCCCCAAUUUUUCUUUGUUUGGAUCGAUUAUUUAUCAUCUAAGAUAUCGAAAAAAUGCGACAGAAACAAAAAAAAAUACAAUUAUGCAAUCGUUAUUAGGUAAAGAUCUGUGACUUUUUUUUUACAGACGCCAUUUUUUUCAUUGUGACGUCAUUUGUGUAAAAGUUUACAAUAUGCAAGUAAAUAAUUUUUUGGUCUUUUUUUUCCUACGAAAUAUUAGUCAUCAAUUAAUGAUUCUAAGCUAAA